ACAUAUUUGAAAUCAGUGUCACAAACAGCUGGGAAAGACGAGUCAGUGCACAUCUUCACCACAUUUUAUGAGGCACAUUUCAUGUAUAAGUUUCUCAGCAACAGACUUAUUUCUCAUUAACCGUCCUUAUGGUGACUCUGGUGAGUUAGGGGGAGUUAUUCGGUCCUCCUGCCGUCCAGCCGGCCUCCGUGGCUCCGCCCACACAUUCCUGUGCGUCUGACUGUGAGGAGGAAAGAAAAGGAAGCGGCGGCUGCUCAGCGCUGUCUGUGGACCCUGAACCAGAGAGGAGAUGAUCAACAACAACAACAACAGCAGCAGCUGCAGCAGCUCUCAGCCCCGAUCCGACCGCUGACACAUCCUCCAUCCCUCUGAACCCAAGAGCUGCUGGACGAGCUUCUCUUUGCUGCUGCCGCCUUGCUUUUCCUUCACAAGUUUGUUGGGAACUUUUUUUCUUCUUCUUCUUUUUUGUCGGCGGACUUGGAGCAGAGUUUGUGGUUUUUCCAGCGCGACUGCAGAGCAACAGAAGCCCGCCGUGUUCCACUGAGGAGCCGCCGACAGAACCAUGGAGAUCCUGGACAGCAGCGAGACGUUCCUGCACUGGGACAGGAACCUGAGCGAGCUGUCUGAGGCCGGAGAGAUCGACUCUGUGCUCUACACCAAUCACUUCUCUGAGCUCCUAGACGACCUCUCCCAGGAUGCUCUGCUGGGCCAGCUGCUCAGCGACCCCUUCCUGUCCGGGGGGAGAGGCGGCAUGGAAGCCAUGGAGGGGGAGGACGGCGGCGACCUGUCCCCGUCUUCCCCUCUCCCCCCUCACAUCACCGCCGAGCACAGCUACUCGCUGUGUGGCGACAGCAGGCCUCAGUCGCCGCUGUCACACCUGACCGGAGAGCAGGGCAGCGAAGCAGCAGAGUCUGACGGCGAGUGGCCCAUGGAGCAGGAGGAAGCCAUCGAGGGCCUCCUGUGUGAGACUCCCUCUCUCCUCCCCACCCUCUCCCUCUCUCUGGCUUCCAGCGGGGGGCCCCAGGCGCCCGAGGGCCCCGCCGCGGCCCCCGCCGCCUCCCCGGCCCAGACCACAGUCAGCAGCCUCAACCAGGGCAAAGGCAUCAAGAUAAAGGAGGAGAACAUCAUCCCGCAGAUUAAACUGGAGCCCCAUGAAGUGGACCAGUUCCUCAAUCUUUCACCCAAAGGUCUGGAGUCUCUGCAGAUGCCUCCCACUCCUCCCAGUUCCCACGGCAGCGACUCGGAGGGCAGCCAGAGCCCCGUCCACGCUACCCCCGGUCUGUCCUGCCCCACCUCCCCCACCAGCCCUCCUCCCUCCCAGGCCAGCCUGAAGGUGUCUCCUCGAGCUGCCUCCUCCCUGUCCAACUCCCCUCUGCUCACCGCUCCGCAUAAACUGCAGGGCUCAGGGCCGCUGAUGCUGACCGAGGAGGAGCGUCGUACUCUGGUUGCCGAGGGUUACCCAGUUCCCACCAAACUGCCGCUCACCAAAGCCGAGGAGAAGGCGCUGAAGAAGAUCCGCAGGAAGAUCAAGAACAAGAUUUCAGCUCAAGAGAGUCGUAGGAAGAAGAAGGAGUACAUGGACGCUCUGGAGAAGAAGGUGGAGACCUGCUCCAAUGAAAACAACGAGCUACGCAGGAAAGUGGAGACUCUGGAGUGUACGAACAAGUCUCUGCUGCAGCAGCUGCAGUCUCUGCAGGCGGUGGUGGCAGGAAAAGUCCCCAAAUCCUGCAGGGUGACUGGCACCCAGACAUCAUCAUGCUUAAUGGUGGUCGUGUUGUGUUUUGCUCUGUUUUUGGGGAGUUUUUAUCCCAGCAGUUUGACUCCGUGCUCCACCAUCGCUGAAACAGGCCUCACAUCCAAACAGAUGCCUGUCAAAGAGUCCUACACGACCACAGUUAAGUCCAGAAGUCUGUUAUCAACCUUCGAAGACGAGCAGCCGCACCUCCUCGGUCUGGGCGGUGAAUAUCCCGACCAAUGGGAGGACACGCCAGCCGUCGUCAUGGCAGCGUGGCGUCGCUCAGAGCAGCAGAAACUCGGGGUGGAGCCCAGCAGGGUGGAGACACACCCACCUUUCAGGAAUAAAAGCAACGAUACACAACCGCUGCUGGAAAUCCACAGGUCUCUGGACCAGAGGGUGAACGAGAACAGCAGUAAAGUGAUAGAGCUGGAGCGAACGGUCAACGAGACCUCCUGAGAUGACCGUUAACUCCCCCCCAUCCUUACCCCGCCUCUCCUCCCCUUACACCCCACAAUGACCUGUGACCCUCCCUCCCCCCCUCUGGAGCAUGGUUCAGUGUCCUGGAGCAAACCUCAUAAAGUAGCUCCCACUGCUUUUUUUUAAUGCCAUCUCUGCUUAAUCAGAUACACUGUAAUGGUAGAAAUAAUAAUAAUAAUAAUAUUAAUAAUAACAAACGGGCACUGGUUGCCUUAAUUUCUGAAGUAAAGUUGCACUGAAUAGUUUUCUCAAUGAGUCAACUUACCAGGUUUAGGUGUUGAAAAAUCACACUGAGAUAAUUUCAAACGGAUCGAGUGAAUAAUGCGGCGUGGCAUUUAUUCCCGUGGAAAUUCUAUUAAAAUAUGACAUGUGAGGCUUUGUACAGGACACUGAUGAGGACUUCUGUAUUUAUAGAAACCUUUUUUUUGGGUUGUUUGUUUUUCAAAAAUUUUUUGCUCUUUGUAGCUAUUAAUAUUUUUAUUUCAUUCCCGUAAUGCAUACAUCCCAUUUUGAUACUUGUUUGUGUUCAUACUGUAUUUAGCGUUUUUAUUUUUAUUGUACUCUCUUUUAUAUAUUGUUAAUGUUUUCGCGCGUCGAGGGCUUAGCUCAGGGUUCCUGCGCUCAUUUGGGUAAUCUGACAAAUUAAUAUUUUAGAUGCUAAAAAGUUCACAUUGGCUGCAAAAUAAUAAUUUAAAAAAAAGUUUGUGUUUGAUGGAAAUAAUGCAGUAUUACUGACAUUUCACAACACUGAUAUAAACAUAUUUGAGAUGUUUAUCAGUUGUGUGGUCAGUCUGAAGCUGCAUUAGCACUCAUAUCCUUUGAUUUCAAGGAAAUUAUUGACUGAAACGGUAAAAUCUAACCUACAGUGGAUUACUUUCUUCCACAAAAGUUCCUAUUUGUCAUGUGGGGACCCUGUUAGCUAGCUAGCUUCACCCUUGCGUCUUUGCUCUGUUUGUUUGGCAGUCACUGUGUGCAAGUCAAAAGUCAAUAUACGAAACUGCAAAACUAUUAUAUUUUUGGUAGUUUAAAGCAUCUUAAUAGUUUAUUUGGAAACAAAAUAACAAUAAUUAGAUGAGAAGAUCAAUACCAAUGUUAUACCUGCAUGCUAAGCAUGAAGCUACAGCCAGCAGGUGAUUAGCUUAGCCUAGCAUAAAGAUAAGGGGAAGCAGGUAGCGUGUUUCUGUCAAAAGCUGAAAAAAGCACCCAUUACCUUUCCGAAACGUACUAAAUAACAAGUAAUACACACUAAUAUUGUAAUUUAUAAGCUUUAGAGGUGCUGUUGAAAAUAAUUUGUUGAUGUCGCUUUUUCCCCUAUUUCCUGUCUUUAUGCUAAGCUAAGCUAGCCGCGUCAUAUUUACAGUAUGGACGUUGUGCACUCUCAAAAAGAGAUGUUUCCCAAAAUGUCGAACUAGGCCUUUAAUCCAGCGACACUUUUGCCUUGCACACUUAAGCUGUCAGCUCCAACGGUCUUUAUCUGCUAUUUUUCAGCGUUUGCCAAAAAUAUUUCUUCCCAGAAAUGGAAAAAAAAGGUAUCUAUUUUUGUAAAUAUGAGUUGUUAAUAAAUAAGAAAGUCUAAAUGUGUCUGGGAUCUGUAGUUUAUGAACCAAUCCAUAAUUCAUUCUGGCUCUAUUUUGGAUUCCGUGCUGUUGAUAAAUUAUGAACGUAAGAUGCCUUAGCUGCAGGCUUUGUCCUGACUGUCUGUGGGGUUUUCUUUGUUAAUUACACAUCAUGACUUUGAACGUCUUACCUGUCCACUUCAAGCAUGUCACGGAUGGGUUUUUAAAUGUCUUAGCUUUAUUGAAACAAGUCUGAUGUUGUAAAUACAAGCUGCCAUCUGUUUGAUGGUAAGUCAGUGACAUCCACUGUUCAGACUCAGCCCAGACAUGUGGAAUUGUUUAGUUAUCGACUAAGGGUGAAUACAAUUUUCAACAGAAACUGGUGACUAGACUAGAAAACAACAUUUGUAUCUAGUUGUCAUGUGUUUUGCAGAUCAGUGGAUCUAUCAAAGAUUUAUUGUCAAGUCUGUAUCUUGAUAGGAUGCAUUGAUGAUAGAGUUAAAACUAUAUAUUCCUCACUGUGGAGUCUGCAAAUGUUCAGAUAUAAGAUCAUAGGAAACACAAGAUAAAAGUACCGAUUUUGUUUUGAUUGUUUUAUGGAAAAUUCUCCUCUAGUCACACCUGAAACUAGCAGCUAGUGGAGAGCAUUUUGUUUCCAAAUCACAUUUCAUUUCUUUGCUCCUGUGUAAAGGCAGCCCUGAACGAGGCUUUCUGUCUUCUUGCUUUCAAAUAAAUAAAGUAUUUUCCUUAGUAAAAGCAGCAAAAGA